ACCACUUCCUGGAUACGGUACUCCAUCCGGGUGAGAGAAGAGGUCGCCGCGGUCGCCAUGUUGCUGAAUGAAAUUAGCUCCAAAACAUUGAAUAGCCGUUAGCAAUAUCGAUAUUUUAUUUAUCAGCGGGAAAACAUCUGGUAGUCCGUUUGAGUUAAUGUAAAUAUGACUUAGGAUUUGUUACAUUACGACAGAAGCUCCAUUCCCUGUAAGUAUCUCCUAUGAGGUGGAAAAAUGUGUUUUUUUAUGAGCAGCUGGCCUGUUAGCGACGGUGAGCUAGCAUCGUUAGCAUUAUGUAGCACGCUCCCGGUAAUAUAAGGUUUUUUAAAAAUCAUUAUACUCACAGCUGUAACAGAAAACCUGUUUAAUUUAUCUUAUUUAUUGUUAAUAUAGAGCCUUAACGCCUUAUAUUCUCUCUGUGAGUUGUUGUUAGUCUGUCAGUGUUUGUUAAUGUUUCGCCCCGCAGUGGAAUCAACCUGAACGGAAUAAAAUAACAAAGAAAAAUCACGUUAACUUUAAUAAAAUAAUGAUCUUAGUGGUUUGUACUGACUCCUAAAAACCUAAUAGGACGCACACAUUUUGUCCAUAAUGAUCUAGUGUUUCUCGUUGUUAUAAAUCAGUGUGAAUAUUAAUGAUAUUGAUCGCAUGUAUCAGCUGUUUUCCCUCACCUUUGUCUGAAGCUCAGGUUUGAUCUUUCACACUCAGACCUGAAACCAGAUCAAUUUAGUCCUUUUCAACACACUUAAAUUUAUCUGUACCUUUAAUAUGCACUAAUGUGAAGAGUGUCAGGUAUGCUGCGUUUGGGAAACCUCUCAAUAAAACAUGACAGGUACAAUUUGUAGGCUUAUAACAGCAGUUUAUUCAUACAUCCUAUAUCUGUAACUUCUGUGUUUUAAUGAAAAUAUUUCAAUGUGAUGGGACAGCUAGUGUUCCAGAAGCUACCCCAGAUGUUGAGAUAUCUUCACCUGUGUGAUAUACAUCCACCUAGGACUGGGCGAUUUCAUAUAAUCGCCCAGUCCUACAUCCACCUGCCCUAACACAAGUACCUGGGAAUUCAGGUACAACCCAGUGAAAAACCUCCACCAUAGAUUACACUUUUACAACACCUCAUAGAUUCCAGAUUUAUUUGCAUUAGAGAUACAACAAUAAGUGUGCGAUUGAUGGCACAUAUACAUCAGUGGCAUUUUAUCAGCUUCAGCCCUCACAAGGUCGGCACCAUCAUUACCUUUUCUAGUUGAAAACACAUUUUUCUCAGCACCCAAAUCUAAAACAGUCCCUGUCUCAUCUUUUAUUUUAACUUUCCAUUAGUAGAGUAUUGCAGUUUAGUUUUGACAGCAAUAUCAUUAUUUUCUGAAGCCUUCUGCAUAAAUCCAAAUCUUUUUUAUUCAGUUGAUUCUUUUAAAAAAAAAAGGCUUUUAACCUGUGAACUGUUCUAUUAUUGUCUUUUCAUAUUGUGCCUUUUUUAACCUUGUACACUGUUGGUCUUAUUAUGUAAAAUGUUCUAUAUUUUAAAUUGUGUUUUUUUUUUUUUUUGUAAAGCAUCUUUGAGUAGUGAAGAUACCAAUGUAUUUUAGGUCUAAAUGCGCAUAAAUAAUGAAUCUGUUUAUUCAUUUUAACCACAGUAGCUACCUUAGGAUAUUUUUCUGUUUGAACAAUUUCAGAUUGCUGGACAGAAAUCAAAAACAUUAAUGGCAAGACAUGAAUUUCAUCAAAUGUUCACUGGAGUUCAGUAAUUAUUAUUUAAUUGCUGUUUUUUUUUUCAAACCUCUCUCCCUAAAAAACAAAAAAGAAAGAUCAACAUGCAGUAUUUUACUUUGUAUGCUUAUAAACGAAGCGUUAUAACCCACCAAUAAUUACAUAUCGUUGUGCUUUGUUUGACCCUUUCAACAGAUCGUUGUGUUUAGACAUAGUUAUAGUGUCACGCAAUGCACCAUGGAAGUGGAUCACAGAAUAUGCAACGACAGCUCCAGAGAUCUAAGUCUGUCAGCGGCUCUGAGGCAGAGGAGACGCAGCAGCAGCAGCAGCAGCCCACCAUGGCAGUCACACAGCAGCAAGCUACAGUCAACCAUCCACAAUCUCCUGUGACCACCUUCUCCUCUGCUGCCAGCCCUUCAGCCCCUCAGUCACCCAAUUAUCAGAUAAUCAUGAGCCGCAGCCCGGUCACCGGCCAGAACAUGAACAUCACUUUACAAAAUGUGGGACAGAUGGUGACUGGUAACCAACAGAUCACUCUGACCCCACUGCCCAUCCAGAACCCUGCAUCCCCCGGGUUUCAGCAUACUACACCUCAGUGGAGGUUCGAGCAUGCUCCAUCCUCCUACAUUCAGGUUACCUCACCUGUGCCACAGCCCAUGCAGCCCCAGAGUCCCACCCAGCACAGCCCAGUCCCUGUGCAAGGUUUGACACGGCCAGGAGCACCUGCCACAGCGCUGGGUGUGUGCGGACAAAGUCCAACACGGUUUGUUGAAGCUGGUAUGUUAGUGAGACAGAUCAGUUUAGGAAGUCCGUCUGGGAGUGGCCACUUUGUUUACCAGGAGGGGACAGGACUGGCCCAGAUCGCCCCAGCCACACCUGGUCAGGUACAACUGACUUCUCCAGGAGCACCAGGCUCUGUGAGGGAACGCCGGCUCUCCCAGCCUCACUCACAGACUGGAGGCACCAUCCACCAUCUUGGACCUCAAAGUCCUGUGGCCACCGGUGCUGCUCUCCCUACUCUGAGCAGUCCUGGUCACAUCACCACCUCUAACCUACCUCCACAAAUCAGCAGCAUCAUUCAAGGACAGCUGGCACGCCCCAUGAUCUUUGAGAAAACAACACAAGGCGUGGUUGCUGGAGUGGGAACCACAGCCACAGCAGGUUUCAGUAUCCCCUCCUCAAUUCCACCCUCGAGCCCAUCCCUCACUAGUCCAACCCAAGGCCUCCCCAACAACCCCCUCGGACCCAACAGCAUGGCUGUGGGCACCGUGAAGAAGCAGGCUCCUAAAAAGUUGGAAGAAAUCGCCCCUUCUACUCCAGAAAUUGCCCAGCUAAGGAAGCAGUGCCUGGAGCACCACACAAAGAAGAUGGAGAGCCUGAAGGAGGUGUUCAAAGAAUACCUGAUCGAGCUUUUCUUUCUGCAGCACCUCCAAGGGAACAUGAUGGACUAUCUUGCCUUCAAAAAGAAGCCCUGUGUUCCUCUGUAUACGUAUCUGAGACAGAAUGAUUUGGACGUUGAAGAUGAAGAUGAGGAAGAGGAGCAGUCUGAAGUCAUUAAUGAUGAGGUACGACAUCGUCUGACAGAGUUUUAAACAUUCAAAGAACAGCACAUUGAUUUUAUUCCCCCCUCUUUCAUAUCUCUGUGUUUUUCAGGUAAAGGUUGUUACUGGAAAGGAUGGCCAGGCAGUGACGCCAGUUGCCAUAGCAACACAGCUUCCUGCUAAUGUUUCAGCAGCUUUCUCUGUCCAGCAGCAGUUCCAGGUGAUAGCUGCAACACUGGUUUUAAAAUUUUUAUUUCUAGAAAUAAUCUCGAGUUUGUUUCCUGAACUUUGAUAAAAGGAAGUUUUAAUUCCUAGACGUUAUUUUUGCAGGGGCACCAAGGGGCUGCUGCUGGCACCAUUACUAACCCUGGAGAUUUGGAUGCCUUUAAGAGGCAGCAGGCAAUGGUGCAAGCAGGUAGGGCAAGAAUGGUAGACUCCUGUCUUUCUUAUGUUGCUUUGUUUCCUCCCCGUUUGCUUUGUUUUCUGUUUGUUUUCUUUUCCCCCCUCUAAUUGCUUCUGCUUUUAGAUAUUUGGCAUCCUGUACUAGCGCUCUGUGUUGAAGUCUUUUCCGAGGAAGGAGAGGGGACCUGUAAGGUCUGCAGAAGGUCAUUGCUCUGUGCCGAGUGCUUUUGUUUUGCGUUAUGAGGGUAUUGUGUGUUUUAAAUCCCAGAUCAGGCUAAGAGGCCCCGGAUUGACGUUGGUCGCCAUGGGCUGAUUUUCCAGCAUCCUGGUGUAGCUCCUUUAGGAUCACCUGGCGUUCCACUCCAGCAGCUUAUGCCAACUGCGCAAGGUAGGAGUGCUACUACCAGGCAGCUCUUUGUUCUGUUCGAUGCUGCUGGACGUAUUCCCUUCCUCAAACAAAGGAGAUUUUAAAAAGCGAAUCACAACUUCAUCUUCUACAAACAAACUUCAAGCAGCGUCAACAAACAGAUCUUCAUCCGUCUGCUGGAUUUCUCAGCAGUCCACAGGAAGUUCAGGCUUAGCUGUACCAGUAGCAGCUCUCUCUUUCUCUCUCUGUCACGAUAAAAGGGGAAGAAGGAAAUCCAAGUCUGAAGAAGAGUAGCCACUCAAUGGGAAGAUGCCAUGUCUUAUGAUUUCCCUUUUUUGUUUUUACUAUUGUCCACCGUCGUUAUCCAUCUCUUCUUUUCUGAAGUUUGUUCCUGUACGUCAUCUUUAUUUGGACCGACCUUCCAGUCCGUGCGGAUGGAUUGUCAUCUGAUGUGGAGGUGGAUCACAGAAAGUGGAAACCCCUUUUUCAAAAAAAUUCACUUUCCGAUGGGUUUUUCUUGUUUUCCCAUUUUAUGAGUCCACGUCUCAUUCUUCCUUUUGGUUUCCCAUCGUCAUUCCUUCUCAAGUCUUCCCCUCUCUACGGUUGUCCGUCCUUGUAUCACCAACAAGGAUUCGACGUCAUUCUUAAACUCAUAUGUUUACAUCUCUGCGAGUGUCUUUUCUUCAUCUCAUGUCCACGUUCAGUUGAUGUCCUUCCAUGUUAUCUCAUGGCAUUUUGUUCUGACUUGGCUUCUUUCCCUCAGUCUAAGUAGGAGGGGGAUCAUGUGGAGGAGUUGCGUUCACGGCGCAGGUUUUUGCGAUUGCGGUGGUGUGGGUGAGUCAGGGCCAGGUGUUGGUGGCGUCUAGGCGAGUUGGUGUGACGUGCAGGGAGGUAAGGCAGGCGCUGCUUUAGUGUGCACAGCUCUGCUCAGGCCUGCUGUCCGCAAGACCCCAUGUGUGUCCUUUUGCUCACCUCUGUGCUUUGUCGCUAUGUGAGGCAUCCAGAUGCCUUGGUCUCUGCUAGAGUGACAUCGCUUCAUGCAUGCCAAACAUGGUGUUUUUGUGAGUGUGUCUGCUCUAUGAUUUGAUUUUCCCUUUAUUCUCCCUGUCUCCUUGUUUUCUGCAGUUCGUUUUGAUUUCAUUUUCCUUCUUAACAUUUCUCUAUUCCUCUCCUUCUUCUUCUUCUCUCAAAAUCUCUCUUAAUGCACGUAUAAUUUUUGAUGUUUUAGCCACAUUCUCUCAACAUUUGAAAUGCAAUGUUUUGGUUUUGCAUUAAUCAAAGUAGUAUUUUAUUUGAGAGACAUGUAGAUCUUCACAUUGAUUUCAUUUCUUCUGUAACCAUUUUGCUGUAUGACUUUCAUUAGUUUCCGCUCUGAUCAUCAAGAAGUAGUACAAAACUGUCAAUUCAUAAAGUACAUCUUGUUCAUUAAGGCAAAAGGACCUGAGGAGCUCUAACAGCUGAUGCUUAAAAUUUAAUAAUAACCAUUAAUCUUCUUCGAAGCGCUAAGAUUAAACAUCUAGUCGUCUCUCAAUUCUGUACCAAGAAGGCUUCCACACACUUAAAAACGAGAUUACAUGAAGAGCACAUUUAAAAAGCACUGCAAGUCAGGCGACAAUAUUGGUCUUACCUUCUUUCUCUGUGUUACUCUCUAUACCACCCCGUUGUUUGUCCCAUAAUUUGGCUACUGUGUGUACAGGCGGGAUGCCGCCAACUCCUCAAGCAGUCCAGAUUGCAGGACAGAAACAGAACCAGCAACAGUACGACCCAUCUAAAGGACCUCCAGUUCAGAACGCAGCAAGUCUUCACACACCUCCUCCUCAGCUGCCCGGCAGGCUGCCCCAAGGAGCCCUCCCUAUGCCUGGUCUGUCUAUGACACUCUCCCAGCAGGCUCAGUUGGUGGAAAACACCGCCCAGCCUGGUGGUCAGCUGGCACAGGUGAAGGUACAGGCAGGUGGGCCUGUCCUGGCCGCAGUGAACCCACACACUCAGCUCCAGGCCCAACUGCAACAGCAGAUGCAGCCAGGUCUUCAUCUCCAGCUGCAGCCCCAGCAGCAACAGUCCCAGGCCAUUCUCCAGACCGGACAGGCGGUCAGUCCUCUUGAAUAUAUAUUAGUUCAAUCUUCAUGAGUAUUCACCGGCAGUAAGACUAACCUCUGAAAAUCAACUUUUUUCCCCUCUCUCCUCUUUAGACGGUGGCACUCGCUCGCCCUGGUACAGAGUCAAACCCACCAGUCCAGAGGAUCAUGACCAACUCGGUGUCCAUGACAUCCAUAUCUCCUGCUCCCCUUUCUGCUCCUAAUCCUGUCCAGACCCCCCAUACUGCAAAUCCACCCCGCCCUCAUGGUGCCAACAUCAACCCAAGCACCCAGUCUAAACUGACUGGCACCAACGGCAUAUCCACGGUGAAAAUGAGCGGCUUUGGUCAAAAUGCGACCAUGCAGUCUUCGCAGGAGGGUUCUCAGGACAAGCAAGUAGAGCAGGCCAAACUGGUGAGUUCAAUCAGCGAGAUCCUGCUCUUUUUACAAGACUACUGCUGGGUUAUUGGGAGACAGGGCUGAUGCUCACACAUGCAUGUGCUAAUACAAGGUUCAAACUGACAUAAUCAGACCAUUUCACAAGCCGUCACUUUUCUCAAAGAGGUGGAAACUGAGCCUCGGAGUGCAAAAAGAUCCAUUCACAUUGAUUUAGCUGUAUCCAGUGUAUUAAAAUGUCGUCAAAAACAAAAACUUUUUUUUUUUGUAUAAAUUCUGAUGCCUUGGUCUGUUUCUGUUUCCCAGGAGAGUCAAGUGCACCAGCGCAUCUCUGAGCUAAGGAAAGAGGGUCAGUGGUCGGCGAGCAGACUCCCAAAACUCGUGGAAGCCUCGCGACCCAAGUCCCACUGGGACUACCUCCUGGAGGAGAUGCAGUGGAUGGCCGCUGACUUUGCCCAAGAGAGGAGGUGGAAAGAGGCGGCAGCCAAGAAGGUAGAGUAGAGCUAAGAGAAAUCCUUCAAUAAUUCAAACAGGGAGUCACGACUGAGUUUAACUUUGUCUUUUAUUCCUCUCCAGCUUGUUCGUACGUGUGCCCGUUAUCACCAAGAGCAGAAGAAAAGUGAAGAGAGGUCCAAGAGAGAAAGGGAAAUCCAUCUUCGUCACAUCGCCAGCACAAUCGCCCGAGAGGUGGAGUUCUUCUGGUCAAACAUCGAGCAGGUUUGUUAGAUUACACAUUUUUCUUUGUCUUGAUGAGAUUUUAUAAUAAAACAUUGUUGAUUGAAACUGUUUUUUUCUGUUUUGUCAGGUUGUUGAAAUCAAACUGCAGUUUGACAUUUAUGAGAAGAGGCUCAAAGCACUUAGCUUACAAAAAGCCUCAGCCAAAGGUGAGUCCACUAAAGCAUUUCCAAAAACUAACCUAGAUAUGUUCUUGUUGUUUAGAAACAUCAGUUGAACUCAGGUAACCUUACCAGAGUUUAUAAUUUAACCCUUUUGUGUUUCAGCAUCUGGUCAGUCUGCAGCUCUGAAGGCUGAUAAAGAGGUAGAGGUCACACCGACACUCAGCCCAACAAUGUAAAUUCACCUGUUUCCAUCUCGUUCAAAUGUUGAUUUACAUUUUGAAUUUUGCAGGAGGCGGGGACUUCGACCAAAAAGAGGAAACUAAGCGCCGCCUUGCUCGAUGAGGAUGGUGGGUGUCAGACAGUUGAAAAGAAAAGAUGUUUUAACAGCUCAGAUGGUUAAAAAGUCUCCUCAGCGACCUUCCUGUCACACAAUCAUCAUUUCUUGUUUACUUUUAGUUCUGGAUGAGGAGAGUACCAUCGAGGAGCAGGAGGUCAUGGAGGGGGAAACAGACCAUAAAGCAGAGUUGGUUAACCUCGCCAAAGAAGGUACUUAUCCACUGAACUUCUACAAGCUGAAGGAUUAAACCUGAUUGUUUGUUUGUUUGUUUAUUUUUAAAGAUUGUUUUGCAGCAUUUAAUCUUCCCUCUCUGUGCCUUCAGGGCUUAAUCAUGGUUUUGUUUUACUUUAGCUGAGAUGCCCCUGGAUGCUUUGGUGAAGCAGUACGCCGGCGCCUACGCUGACAGCUUUGAGUGGCCUCAGCCCAGUCCACACAGUGACGAGGACGACAUGGAGGAGUCUGGAGGUGCCUGUUUCAAUCACACAGUCUUCCCGCUGCAGCGAACGGUUGUGAAUAGUCCGACUCUAAAGUGGUUGACAUUUUCUCUUUUUCAGAGGUGGAGUGUCCUGCAGGCAGUCCUCCUGAGGCGGUGAUGAUUGACUCCCUGCUCAGCGUGGAUCAGUACCGCGGUGCAGACAAAGCCUCCUCAUCUGACUCUGAUAGGAAACCCGCCAGAGACAUCGCUGAAGUCGCAGCCUCUACAGAGCUCAUCCUGCCCAAGGGGAGCUUCAGGACCACUUCUUCAGUAAGAUGCACCCUCAUCUACAAACAUAUCCUCUCUUUCUUUCUUUCUUUACUGUCUUUCACUAAUCUUACAUCUCUACAGACACGCAGUCCAGCUCCUAUUCUUCUUCAUGGGGCUCUGCGAGAGUAUCAGCAAAUCGGCGUGGACUGGAUGGUAAAUCUUUACAAGAAACACCUCAACGGUAUCCUGGCAGAUGAGACCGGCCUCGGCAAGACUGUGCAGACUGUUGCUUAUAUGGCCCACUUAGCAGGCCAAGAAGGUACGCCUCUGUCUUACAGCUGAUCCACAGUUUCUCAGAGGGGUUUUUGUAUUGAUUCAGUUUAGUUUUUAGUUAAAUGUCAUUAAGCUGUUCUCUGUUGUCAACAGGAAUCUGGGGACCUCACCUUAUCGUCGUCAGGACAUGCAAGCUGCUAAACUGGGAGGUUGAGUUCAAGCGCUGGUGUCCCGGUCUGAAGAUCCUCCUUUAUCUCGGAAACAAAAGAGAGCGCAGAUCUAAGAGAAUGGUAGGUUUUACGAGAGAGUGAAGGCAUCUUUUUUUUCUUAUAAACAGCUCGAAAUGAUGACAUCUGUACUAUCUGAUCAAUUACGCAGUGGUGGGGAGAAGCCAACAGCUUCCAUGUGUGUGUGACGUCCUACAAACUGCUGAUGAAAGACCAGAGCCACUUCCUGAGGAGGAGGUGGAGGCACCUGGUCCUGGAUGAGGUGCAGCUCAUCAAGAACAUGACUGAGAAACACUGGGCGACGGUCUUUGCUCUCAAGAGGUGAGUUCAAUUAAUUUUUCAUCUGUUUAAUAAAACAAAGACGCACUCAGUGAAUUUCAUAUUCUGCUUGUAUCUCUGCUCAGUUGACUGAAUGACAUUGUUUGUUUUUAUUUUACAGCGAGCAGAGGAUUCUCCUCAUCAACACUCCUCUACAAAACACUCUGAAGGAGCUGUGGACCAUGAUCCACUUCCUCCUGCCAGGUAUCACCAGGCCCUACUCUGACUUCCCAGUGAAGGCAGGAACAGACCAGAACCAGGACUACUGCCACAAGCUGGUCAUCCGCCUGCACAGGGUGGGUGUAGCUCCAGUAAACUUAAAACAGAGACACAAAUCAUCUGCCUUAAAAUACACGCUGAAUAUGAAAUCCUGUUCGCACUCGUAGAUGAUCCAGCCUUUCAUCCUGAGACGCUCCAAAAGGGACGUGGAGAAACAGCUGCCGAAGAAGUACGAGCACAUCCUGAAGUGUCGUCUCUCCAGCAGACAGAAGAGCCUUUAUGAAGACAUCCUCACACAACCAGGGUGAGACAUCUACACCUCAGCGUGUAUUUGUGAUAUCCCUGGUGCUGAGUAGUGUGUCAGGCGACAAAAAGAUGGCGGUGUUAAUAGUGUGUGUCAUCUUUUGUAGUUAGUUUUUUUGUUUUGUUUUUUAUCCAAUCAAUUUUCUUUUCUCUUCGAUCAAACCCAAAAAAAGUUUCAGUGAGAAUUUCCGUCUUUUAUUUCAGCUCAUAAAAGCUCUUAACUAGUUAUUCUAAUCAGCAAAAACAUGAGAGAUAAGUGUCACAGCCUUGUAAUCUUUACAUGUUUAAUUGUGAAGUCAUAAUCACGUCUUCUGUCUUGGUUUUCUCUCGCAGAGCUCAGGAAGCGUUAAAAACGGGUCAUUUCGUCAGCGUGCUCCAGGUCUUGAUGCAGUUACAGCGAGUGUGUAACCACCCUGAGCUGGUGGCCCCGAGAGAGAACAAGAGCUCGUUCUGUGGCUCCGCUCUACAAUACAACGUCCCGUCACUGGUGCUGAAGGCUCUGCAGAACGACUCGAGCGAGGUAACGCUCGGUGAAAAUGUGGAGAUUCUCACAGAUUCAUGAACGAUUCUACCUUCAUCCUCCUCAUCAUCUUUUGUCGUCUGUCCCUCCAGAUCGUGAACCUGUCCAUAUUUGAUCUGAUCAAUAAUGAGAACAGACUGACUCGGUAUCAGACUGAAGAAGUCGUACCGAAACUUAAGAUCAGUCAGCACCUCAUCGAGGAGAUCUACACGAGUCCAGAUCCAGCACCACGAUCCAAACCAUGCCCAAUAAAGCCCAUGAGGUCAGUGAUCAAGUCUCUUAUUUCCUGGUUGAUGUGGAGAACUUUGAGUGUUUUCUGACUGCCCUGAAACCAUCUCACUCUUUUUUUCCAGAUUGUUCCAGCCGGUUCAGUACGGGACGAAGCCAGAAGGUCGCCUGGCUGUCAUCACAAGCACAGCAGGCCAGCGUCCCCCAACGAGCUCUCCAGCCACGAACACCUCUGCUUCAACCACCAGCCAAUCAGGCCAGAGCAGAGGCAAGUCCCCUGUUACCACGACAACGACUACGGCUGCUUCUCACGGUAAGACUUUCCAACAUGAACCGAACAUAGAGAUAUACACUAAGAGGUUCACCUAUCUGUAAAAUACACUCAUACUAGUUUACUGUGUGGACGAUUCAAAGCAGUGCUGCGUAACUCUAAUGCAGUUCAGGGUCAUUUAGACCUGAGUGAAGUGAGUGAUUUUAACUUCCUUAUGUGCUGUGGUUGGUCGAUUGCAGUGAUCUCAUGCCUGUUGAUAGAAAAAUAAAACUUAUUAAGUGGUUGUUUUGCACUGAAGGAUGUCAUCUAACCCCGGAAUUCCACAGGAUCUGGAACUGAUCUGAUCCGCUGCCACAAGCAGAGGAAGAGCGCUCACGAUAUUACCAAUAUUUCUCGCGCGACUGGCCGAGAUCUCAUGAGAUCUUGCGUGUUUCACUUUGAGACAUUGAAUGAGGUCCACCGAUCAGUGUAUAUAGACGGCGGUGUAUAUAAACACCCACAUCCCACAACCCUGGCCUCUCCUAUUAUCAAGCUAAGAACAGUUUAACGUGUUGACUUUAUUUUAUUUGGAAAAUUAACCGGAUAUUUUAAUCUGUAGCUGCAAACAACUUCCGCUGCUGCUUGUGUCGCCCUGCACUGAAUUGAUGUGUUGUGCUGCGGCGUCCGCCAAAAAAAGAAGCCUUGCGUAUCUGAUCUGACAGCUGGAGCUGAUCCGCAGUGGAACUGGACGGCGGAUGGGUUGUGUGGAAUCCCACACAUUGAUUAUAAUGCUUGCGUAUUUGAUCCGCCUGUUGUUCCAGAUCCUGUGGGUUUUAGCCGCAAGAGUCAAAACUUUAAGAUUAAAAAGAAAGAAAAUCACACGUUUGGAUAAAGUUUAGUUGCCACUGAAUCCAUCCUCAGGAGGGAUUAAUGUUCAUCAUACACAGCCGCUCUUGAACUCCUGUCAUUCACUGUUGUUUAAAAUCUAUAUUUUCAUCCGUUAACUCCUCGGCAUUAAUUAAUUGUUGUGUGUUUAAGCAUGACAUCUCUAAUCCAGUUCACAUUGUUGGCCCACCACUGCUAAGUAAAUACGAGGAAAUGUUGAAUCGUUCUGCUCAUUUGACUUCAUAUUGGGUGACCCCUAACAUGUAGUCCCAUACCCCGUUACCUUUUACUUCACAGCGGUUGGAACAGCCUCUCAGAGAGCCCAGACUACCCCUCCUGUCAGCAGCAGCAGCAGCAGCACUGCCGCCGCCGCCUCCACUGUAGCCUCCUCUGGGAACGCUGGCAUUGGACAGCAUGUGUCGGGGGCUACGUCAGUGGCCUUGGGCCAGACCUUAACUGGCUCAGUUAUGGGAUCAUUAGCUCCCAUUAGCCAGCCUGGAUUAGCACAGGUCCCCAGGCCAGCUUUAGCCCCCAGCCAUGCCAUCCAGCCAAGCUUGCUGUCCCAGAGGUUGGUCCUUACAUCCCAGGCCCAGGCACGGUUGCCUAGUAAGUGGCCUCCCCUCCUUCCCUCCCCUCCUUCCCUCCCCUACCCUACCCUUGCUCCCUCCCCUCCCUUCCCUCCCCUUCUCAGCAUUACCCUCCAACAUCUGGCACAUUAGUAUGGGCUGCUCUACUCUGAGGCCUUCACUUAGGGCACUGCUGAUAUGCGUUCAGUCUUUUCUCCCCCUCAGGGAACUGGCUUCAAUGUAAACCUAAAGAUGUGUGUUAACGGCACUGAUGAUGCAGUAAAAACUGUAGCAGCUGUUUUUAUUGGAGAAAACAAAAGUGACAGUCCUUUAAUAUUAGAUCUGUAGCCAUAUCAGCAGCAUCUCUACAGCCUCAGUAUUCUUCAGUUUCCUUCUCCAAACCUGCAUGAACACUGUGAAUGACUCACUUGUGUUACAGCACACAACACUCCACCGUUUAACUGGAUUAUGUUCUCCUUCCCGUCUUUUUAAUCAUUUUUUUCUCCCCGUUUACUAAUAUUCUUUUAUCUCUUGCAUCAGCCCAGCGGCAGGAAGAAAUCCCAAAGCUCUGGUUGUCCUUUUUUUUUUUCCUUUGCCAGUGUUUUGAGUUUACUCUGAUGUUGUGCAUCACUGCGAAGCAUGUGGAAGUGGUCCCACCAUUUGCCGACCCUUUUUGCCUGUUUGUGUAUCGAGGAAAACUUUUAGCAACAGCAGACUAAGUUUCAAGACUCAGAAAGGAGGAAACAUUUGGAGAAUAUUUUCUGCUGUCGGGACUGAAAAUUUUGACGACACUUGAAUCUGAAUUUUUAAAGAAACACUUGAAAUAUCAUGGUCUUCAGAAAAUGCAAUUACUGAGUAUGAAAAAUUUCUACUUUUCACCGCAAUGAAUUCUCACAGUCCAGUGUUAAUACAACUGUAAGUGUUAUGAUGGAACAGACGGCCUUAUCAGUGAGACACACUCUGUCAAAAACAGAUACACUAAAGUAGGGCUGGGCGAUAAACCGAAAAUUCACCGAUAUUGAAAUUUACAACAUAUCAGUAUAUUCGGUGUCAAAAAAAUAAAUAAAUCAAAGUUGGUUUUGGAUGUGUGUAGGUAGGCUGUGGUCUCAUGUCCCUUCAAGACGCUGUCCUACAUCAGAGACGUGACGUGGCUGAAGUAGAUGAAGUUAAUGUGGGAGGGGGACUCAGGGCUGAAAUGAUUCCUCAAGUACCUCGAUUACAAAUAAUGAUCGAGGAAUUUUCUCUGCCCGAGUUCUCGUUUAUAAGCUCAAAUCGUCACUGUUUCGCACAGAUCCUUUUGAAGGUGACACAAUGCACUUCCGUCACUAUGGUAGAAGGAGGAGUAAGCACGGUUUAGGUUUUGCGGAGUGAAAAAAUUAAUGAUGACUGUGGCUUUUCAUGCAGUGUUGCCAACCUAGCAACUUUUCAGACCCCCCUGGCGAAUUAUUUUCAAAAAGCGACGAGCUACAAAUCUAGGGACUUUUUCUGGAGUUUAGAAGCUCUGACAUGAAAGCAGGUAUCAUUAUUACUCUUUUUAAACAGACACAGACGGGGGGGUCGUCAUCUAUCGUCAUCUAUUUCUCAGAGUCUCACUUAAUGUGAGUCUGAGAUAACUAAAAUAUUCGAUAGCUGCAGGCCUAGAGGUGGUGAGCACCUUGUGGAGUAGUUAUCGCCCAUUUAUCGUUAUUGAGGUGAACUGAUCAAUAUAUCGUCAUAUUGAUUUGAGGCCAUAUUGCCCAGCUCUACUUGAAAGUCGAAGGUACUCGAUAUAACUUCUGGACUUCUGAAAUCAAAUAGUAAAAACAAGCAAAGAUAAUUGACGAAAAGAGUUUUCUCAGGGUUUUCUUGUUCGACACUGAUUCCUAGGUGUUCCUCCUGGUGACCUCUGAUUGGCCGGGAGAAGAGUUUUGUUUUGAUGAUGUUUUAGCGGCGCGCUGUCUGACCCGAGGAUCGCCUCUCUAGCCGUUUUCUUUCCCCUUCAGGAUUCAUUAAAGUAGCAGCUGCUCUGGUUCUGUUGUGGAGGGCGGCUGUGUGCUCGUUCUCUGAUUAAUCCACCUUGGUUCUGCAUGUUUUGUGUCUUUUCACCCUUUAACUAACUGAUGCAGAGAUGAUUUUUUUUUUUUUCAUGACCUCAGAACUGUUUGCAGGUUUCUUUAAGCAGUCUGCGAUAAAGUGUUUUCCUUUUCCCACUCGUUGAAGGUGGAGACGUGGUGAAGAUCGCCCAGCUGGCCAACAUGGCAGGCACGCAGAGUCGUAUCUCGCAGCCAGAGACUCCUGUCACUCUGCAGUUUCAGGGGAACAAGUUCACUCUGUCCCCCAGCCAGCUCCGCCAGCUCACCACCGGACAGCCUUUGCAGCUCCAAGGUACACUCGGUAAUGGACAUCCCAUCGUCACACUCUCAACCUAACUCAUUCUCUUUCUUCAGUAUUCUGUUUGCAUGCCGUCAAUUACUCUCUGAUGAUCAUCGUAUUAUACGUUUUAAACGUUUACAUCAUUGAAUAGAUGUCUGCAAGUUCUCAGGGAAUCAUGUUUUCCUUCAACAGCUGUUGGUAAUUAAAAAACGCUGACAAAAAGUCCUCAUGGUCCAUAAUGUCUUCAGUCCAAGUUAAAAACAUUUGCUUUAGUACAUCUGAAAAAGAUUUAUUUUUUGGACGGGCACAACAUCCGUGUCUGCUCUCUGAAUCGCCGCGGUCGUGUUCCCCUCUGGGACACAAUUUAGAAACAUUUUCUUCAGAGUUUUUGUUGAUUUCUUUCUGCAACCACUCCCAUUGCAUCAACUCGACCCUAAUGUCAUCGAGAAACACAAAAACAUCAACAUGAAUAAUUGCUGCACGUGAAAGCUCAGUAGUUUGGCAGGUAGAGAUUCCUCCCACAAAACAGACGACAAAGAAGUUUCAUCAUGUUUUUCCUGCUUUUCCUCCCCUCUCACGUCAUAGCUCGUGUUGGAUAUUAAGAGGGUUUGACUUUGAUUUGCUGCUUGAUGUGUUUUUUGUGUAUUUAGGAAACAUACUGCAGAUCGUGUCGGCUCCUGGGCAGCAGAUCAUCAGGCCUCAGGGAUCGAUGGUGAUGCAAGCGAUGCCACAAGCUGUUCCUGCUUCGAACGCCUCAGCAACACCUGGAGCGCCUCAUUCUGCUCUAUCAACAGCCCAGCAUGGUGAUUUUUUUACAAUAACUAUUAUUUAUUUCUGUGUAUUUCUGUGGGGGACUCAGCCUAUCAUGUCCUCGAUAUGCUCAUUUAGUGUCUCCUGACAAAAAUCUCAUUCUGUGGGUUUUUGACUGACACAUCUGUUGUCAAUUGUGAAUAUUUUCUGUGUUUGUUUCACCGACAUCAAACAUAAUUACGCCGCCAUCUCCCCACAGUUUCCCCUUCCUUUUGUAAAUCACUUUAAAACUGGAAAUACCAAAAACUCUCAUACAGAUGUUUACAUUAAUGGCGUAUAUUUUUGUUUUGUAGCUCUUGGCGUGACCACAAACGCCACAGCAGCCGCCAACAAACACACGGCAGCCACCAACGCUGGUUCUCAGGUGGGUUUAAUAGAAGUCAUGUUUUAGAUACAGGAUUCUCUCGUUUUAAUGAUCAAUAUGACUUUUCUAAUCGAUCGUUACUCUGGAUCAUCUUCAGGAGUCUACAGAGGAGAAGACUCAGCGGAUGAAGGAGCGUUUGGCCCGCCUGUUUGAAGCCAACGAGCGCCGCUGCAGCCGCAGAGUGCUGUACGGGUCAGACCUGCUGCAGGCGUGCUCUCUGAGCUCCGAGCCGGGUCACUCCGCCCUGACUGCAGGAGGCUGGAGGUGGGUGGGCAGAGAGAGCUGCCUCAGGGCCCAGAGAACCUGCGUGGCCACCACCUCUGCACUGCAAUCCACUCUGCUCUCGGUGGAGGACCGCCUGAAGACCGCCAACAGUCUUAUCAAGAGGUACUUCAACUCCGUUUGAAAGAGCUCCUUUCUCUGCACUGUAGAUGGAGGUCACCGCAUCAUGAAAAACCUUAAAAAUCCUCAGAUUGGAGUCGCUUACCUGCUGCUGUAAAGUUAGAAAUGUCUCGGUUUAGUUCGGUAUUUCUAGUGCAACACAAAAAUUAGCAUCAGUCCCAUCUGAUGGGAAGGUUGAAUAUUUUAUAUCCUGACCAGUGAAUUCACGUCUCCUCCUGCAGGCUUGUUUGUGUGGUGCCUCCAGCUGUAGCCCCGCCUCCUCAGCUGUAUGCCGCCAAUCCCCCGGUCCCCUACAGCCUCAAUCAGAAGUCCUUUCAGCGUCGACUAAAGGAGACAUCUGCUCCCUUCACUGCUGAUAUCCACCGUUUCACUUCCAGGAGUCUCCUCCAUUUUCCUGACCUGCAGCUGAUGCAGAUGGAUUCAGGUUUGUUCUUAUUUAUUUUACAUCUCAACUGCAAAAACACAGAAAAACUCAAACAUCUGAGAGAUCUAUAUUUCUUUAUUUUUGUUUCACAGGGAAACUGGAGGCCCUCGCCAUUCUGCUGCAGAAGCUGAGGUCGGAGAGCCGCCGGGUCCUCAUCUUCACUCAGAUGGUGAAGAUGUUGGACAUCCUGGAGGCUUUCCUCGAUCACAGGCAGCUGACGUACGUGAGGGUCGACGAAAGCUUCACCCCUGAUGAACGACAGGUGAGAUUUCUGACAACAGUGAAGCGGCUUUAUCAACAUUAUCUAUAGAGUAAUGGAGUCAGGGUUAGAGGACUAUGUGUGAGGAAGCAUGUGUAUUUGAAUACAGAUGGAGUCGCGUACUCCUGAUCUACAGGAAUAAAAGUUUAGUGUUGUUUACUAUAAACUGCUGAGUUAAGGAAAUAUGAGAAAUAAGUCAGGGUAAAAACUCGUGUCCAACUUUAUUCUUAGUCUCAGUUUUUGUUUGUUUGUUUCUGCAGGAGAGCAUUAAGAGGUUUAACAGGAACAGGAAGGUGUUCUGCAGCAUCCUGACAAACCGCUGCUGCUCCGCUGUCGGGACCGUGUUCGACGCCGACACCAUCAUCUUCUACGACACAGACCUCAAUCCCAGCAUGGACGCCCGAACGCAAGAGUGGUGUGACAAAAUCGGGCGCUCCAAGGAUAUCCACAUUUAUAGGUGCUGCUCUCAGAACUGUUUUAGAGUCUCUGUUGUUGGUUUAAUCUCUGGAGUAAUCUUGACAUGUUGUUUGUUGGUGUCCAUCUCUUGUAGGCUGGAGAGUGGGAACUCCAUAGAAGAGAAGCUGCUGAAGAACGGGACCAAGGACCUGAUCAGGGAGGUGGCGGCCCAGGGAACCGACUACUCCCUGGCCUUCCUCACUCAAGUAAGACUAAGAUUCUGUGGUCUGCCUGGAUUUUCCAAGAUGAUCGAAAACUGUAUUCAUUCAAACUAUGAACUGACCUGUCAUUGUGUGCUUUCAGCGGACCAUCCAGGAUCUGUUUGAGGUGGAGGCAGGCUCUGGGGAGAAGGUGGAGGAGUUUGUGGUUCUUCAUCAGGAGCCGUCCGCCUCAGAGGCCAUCUCUCCCAGAGUGGCGAGACCGUACAUUCAGGCUCUGCACAGCAUCAACCUGGAUGCUUCUCCAGAGGAGGAGGAGCAGCGGCGUGUGGACGAGGAGUUAGAGGGCAAGGAGACAACAGAUGAAGAGAAGGAGUCAGAGAACCAAAGUAAAGAGGAGCCGGCUCAUAUAGAGGAGCUGAACGCUGUCAUGGAGCAGGUAGAUGAAGAAAAGUUAGAAGUUAGAAGUGUCAGAAAUGUAAGAGCAGCCCUGAAAUAAAGUGAACCUUUUAUUUUUGCUUGAACAGCUCACACCUAUUGAGCGGUAUGCUCUGAAUUACCUGGAGUACCUGCAUGUCAGUGAUGAUGAAACUGCUCUGAAGGUAAAUGAAACUUUAACUGAAGUUUUUAUUGAGAAAAUGUGAAAAAUACGUCACACCUUUAUUGUAAUGUUGUAUUUGUACAUCACUUCAUUUCUCCUAUCACUGAGUUUGACUUCAUCGCUCUCUCUGAAGCCGUUCCAUGUUGUUUUUCCCCCUCAGGAGCAGUUGGAGAGCUCAAAGAGAGGCUGGGAGCUGAAGCAGCUUCAGAAGCUGAAGGAAGAGGAGGAGGAGCGGCUGAUCAUGCAGGGAGAUGAAGAUCUGUUCACCUACACCAGAGAGGAUGCCUACAACAUGGUGGGCGUCCGCUUUGAUCUCUGCUCAUCAGGAAGAAGUGCUUUGUGCUUCGUUGUUGUUGUUGUUGACAUGAUCCUCUCCUCUGGGUUUUUACAGGAGUACGUGUUUGAUGCAGAGGACGGCCACACAGAAAUCAUGCCGGUAAGAGAGACGGGGUUCAUCACAGGGUUUGAUUAAAUACAGAAAAAAAACAUGAAUUAGAAAAACAAACCUUUAUUUCCCCAGACAUUUAUUCUUUUACUUCUAAUUGCCUUUAAACUAACGACACAGUAAAUGAACAAGAAAUCACAGGCGUGUAUUGGACAGUAGAUCCUUUUUACCAAUCGGAUCAAUAUCAUAUUUAAAUUUUAGCGUUUUCACUAGAAACACAAAAUCAAUCUUCUGUUUCAAGUGAAUAUUUUCUAGUUAAUCCCUUCGAGUUAUUCUAACCUUAAAUCCUGAUCUUGGGUGAAAUUUAAACUCUCCUUUUCAACGUUUGAUUCUGCCGAUUUUGGCCACAUCUGUAUUUUUAAGUGCCAUAAAGUAGGGCUGGGCGAUAUGGCCGCAAAUCAAUAUCACAAUAUAUUGAUCAGUUCACCUCGAUAACGAUAAAUGGAUGAUAACUACUUCACAAGCUGCUCACCCCCUCCCACAUUAACUUUGUCUACUUAGAAUAUACCGAUAUGUAUUCGCAAAAUGACGUCGGUUGUUGUCGUAAAUUUCAGUAUCGGUAAAUUUUCAGUUUAUCGCCCAGCCCUACCACGAAGUCUCAUCUGUUUUUUGUUUUCCAAACAGGUUUGGACCCCACCAACACCCCCGCAGGAUGACAACGACAUCUACAUCGACUCUGUGAUGAUGCUGAUGUACGACACCACCCCAAUGCCAGAGUCCAAACUGCCUCCUAUUUACAUCCGCAAGGAGCACAAACGGCUCAAAAUGGACCCCUCAGGUGAGAGGAAGUUUAUAUAACUCGUGAAGAAGCCCUUCACAUAUGUAGGUUCAAAUGCAUCAGCUGUUUUUGCAGGUUAGUUUGUUUCCUCUGUCCUCACUGGAGUUUGUUUGUUCAGCAGCAGCCAGGAAGAAGAAGAAGGGUCACGGGGAGACGGUGAUUCCUCCACGCUCUCUGUUCGAAAAGGCCAGCAUGCUCAAAGUCCGCCGCGAAGGCAAAGACCAGAAAAAGAACUUCUCCCUCAAGCAGCAGGCGCCCUUUGCCAAGCCCCUCCCCUCGCUGGUUAAACCUGCCAUGGAGGCCGGUCAGGACAACCCAGAGUGGCUCAUCAGUGAGGACUGGGCCUUGCUUCAGGUACUGGAUCCAUCUACUUGAUACUUUAUGAUGGUUCUCAUUGUCAGAGGUUAGAAAGACGUCAGAAACAUCAUCUCUGUGUGUCUGACAGGCUGUGAAGCAGUUGCUGGAGUUGCCUCUGAACCUGACGAUCGUGUCUCCCGCUCACACUCCGAACUGGGAUCUGGUGAGCGACGUGGUGAACUCCUGCAGCCGCAUCUACCGCUCGCCCAAACAGUGUCGCAACCGCUACGAAAAUGUCAUCAUCCCCAGAGAGGAGGGCAAGGUAAGACUCGGUCAGCCCUCUCUACAACCCCAAACUCUCUCUGCUCAUGUGUCUAAACUCUGUGUCUGUUUUUCUGUUUCUCAGCUGGUUUAUGAGGCGAACCCCAAGAAGAAAACCAAGAGCAUAUACAAGGUAGGCUGUCCUGGUCUCUGUCGGUGUUAAAUCUGCCUCUUCUCCAGGAUUCAGUCGCUCACUUUUGUUUCCAUGUUUGUGUGUCCGCUCUCAGUCCAAGAACAGCCGUCCUCUAAGAACGUGUCAGAUCUACACGCAGGACGACAACGCCACUCACAUCCAGCUGUACAACAGCCGCUUCGAACUCAUGAAGAUCAUCGCCAGCAAGAGGAGUCCACCCAUCAAACCGCUGUAAGAGAAAACAAUCUUGUUUCCCCUCAUCGACGCCAAAUCAGGACGAACAUGAAAAUCCUUCAAAAAAUAAGAAAAACUCAACAUUUGAAUCGGUGAUAUUUUUACAGGCUCGGAAUGAAUCCGUUUCAGAAAAACCCCAAACACGCCUCAGUGUUGGCAGAAAGGUACGUUUGUUUCUUCAUCAUUGACUUUCAAACCUACACAACUAAACAAAGAGCGUCAAACUGAGACUACUGUUGUUCGUUUAUUCAGCGGGAUCAGCUACGACAAGCCCCUCCCCCCCAUUCAGGUGGCCUCUCAACGUGCCGAGAGGAUCGCCAAGGAGAAAAAGGUGAUUGUGGACGAUGACCGUAUUUAACUCAGCGCUCUUACUUUUGUCACGCAGAGCGAUGAGGACAAAGGAAGCGCUUGUUUUGUCAUCUCAACUGCAUUUGUGUUUGAUUUGUCAACUGUGUGUGUGUUUGUGUGUGUUUGUGUGUUUUCAGGCCCUCGCAGAGCAGCAAAAGGCUCAGCAGUUGGCACAGCAGCAGGCCGGAGCUCCCCAGGCUCAGGCUGCACCCGGCCAGGCUCAGGCUCCUGCUGCCGCUCAGGCUCAAGCUCAGGUCCCUCAGGCUGCCGCGGUGGCUGGAGCCACUGCUGUUCCUAAUGCAGCAGUUCUGGUGAGAAUCAAAGCGUCCUCUGUUGACAUUCAGGAGAAGUCUUUUCACCGCGCCAAGACUCUUACUCACACUUAUCUUGUUUCCCAGGCUGGAGCCAUUAAAAAUGCGACUGUGGGCACAACCAUCCAGGCCGGUACGUCGACACACAUAUGGCUCACAUUACAGAUCUGUUGGUAUUCCAGUGUUUAAUUCAUUUCUCUUUGUUGGCUCCAGCCACUGUAGGGGGGAAUGUGAUUGUGAACACAGUAGCUGGAGUUCCUCCAAGUCCCUUCCAGGCCAACAAACGCCUGGCAUCUCCAGUCAUACCAGGCACCCUGUCUGUGAGUCAUGCUCAUUAUUACGGCUGCUUUGGCUGAACUCAGCCACCUACUGACUGACAGGAAUUCAUGAUGCAAAUAGCCUUUGGACGGAGUACAGAGCACACCCUCUGCGCUCUGUAGACUGAUUAGUUAUUAGCGUCGGAUCCUUUCUCAUUGUGUUAUUGUUGUUUGUCCAGCCUGCUGGUGCGGCCGGAGCCCAGGUGGUCCACGCACAGCAGAGGGCUGUCACGGCCGCCGCUGCCCCCGCGGAGGUGGUUGCCAUAGCUACAGGUCAAGGAGUAAGAGCUGUUACCCCAGUGACGGCAUCUGCAGUGGUCUCUACCACUCUGAGUCCGGGACAGUCACAGACCCGCCCACUGGUCACUCAGGUCACACCAGGUACUGAGCUGAGAUCUCUCUCGUGUUUCUCGUAUAAAAGAUUCAUCGAGAUUCUGACCACUGAGUUAUCCGCUCUCCUCUCCAGCCACAGGUAUGCAGCUGCAACAAGGGAAGCCUCUGACCGCGGCUCAGCUGCAGAUGAUCCGACAGCAGCAGCUGCAGCAGCACCAACAGCAGCAGCAACAGCAGGCUGCCUCUCCACAGAUCAAAGCGGUGGGCAAACCCCAGGUACACCCACCCACUGCUGCUCAAAGUAACAUCUACACAGACCGUGACAGAGGAGAACAUCUGCUCAUCUCUGAGAUGAUCACUCUAAAGGGUGUCAUUAUAAAAGCAUAUGGAGCAGGAACACGACUAUCAGAGCGUACAUGAGGAGAGCAGAUCAAACUUCGACCUCAUUACAGUCAUGUCAAUGUCAGCUUUACUUAUAUAACACGUUUAAAACAGCAAAAAUAAAAACUAUUAAAGCAUAAAACAUAAAACAAUAAUAAAAAUAAACAUGGCAAAUAAAUAAAAGACUCGAUAAAAGUAGCUAUACUUUCCCAAAAAGCUAAAGUAAACAGGUGCGUCUUCAGAAGUGUUUAAAAAUGGAAAGGCUGUUAGCAGUACACACUGUCAAGGUGAGAGCCACAACAGACAAUCCUCGAUCUCCUCUAGAUUUUAAAAAGGAUGGAGGAACGUCUAAAACCGCCUGAUCAGCUGACCUCAGGGCUCUGGAGAGUAUCAGACAGAUAUUCCGGGGCCGGCCCUUUCAGAGACUUAAUAAAAGAAUCUUAAAAUCGAUCCUGUACCUGACAGUGAGGAGAGGAAAGCAGCGGAGUUAUGUCCUCCUUUUUCUUAGUCCCAGUUAGGAGACGAGCUGCAGCAUUCUGAAUGAGCUCUGACCUGCCAAUGCCGACAUACAGGGAAUUACAAUAAUCUAAAAGAGAUGUGAUAAAAGUAUGAAUAACUUUUUCAAGGUCCUUCUGGCUUCAAUACAGUUCAACUUUGGCGAGAAGCCUCAGCUGAAAAAAUCAUAAUGUUUCCACGCUUCUUUGAUAGAGAUUGAAGUCCAACAGACCGACCUCUUAAACAUGUGUUCGUAUGGAUCACUCAUCUUUUUGUCCAUGUGUCUGCAGGAGCUUUUAAAGAUGCACAAGCAUAAGCUGCAGCUGCAGCAGCAGCAACAGCAGGUCGCUGCAGCGGUGGCGGCAGCAGCUCAGGGUCAACAGACUGCAGGAGCCCAGCAGGCGGCUCAGGUUCAGCCUGCACAGGCCGCACAAACAAACCCCCAACUGGCAGCUGUGGCAGCACCCAGACCUGGAGCUGUGCUGACCGGCACUGUGGCCAGACUGGUAAGACCGGGAAGAAGACAAUCAGUCCAUCAUGUAGAAGAAGAAGUUUCUUUAUAAACUAUGAAAGAUAAAAAACUGAAUGAAAGAAUAAAUAUUCACUCUAGCUUAUUAAACACCAUGUUUUGUCCCUUCACAGACUCGAGUCCCCACUCAGGGCCAGAUUCAGGCCCAGGCAGGACAGACGGCCCAGGUGACCCUCACCAAGCCCCCCGUGGUCUCUGUGCCGGCUGUGGUCUCAUCAGCAGGAGUCACGACACUGCCUGUGACCGUGGCAGGCAUCAGUGUGGCGAUCGGACAGGCCCAGAAAACAGGUGAGGGUUCUGGGAGACUGGAUGAUGGAUCUCUGUCCUCCUGAGCUCCUCUGCUCAGUCUGUAACCCACUCUUAAAUGAAGAUUUCUGUUAUGGAGGUAAAUGAAUCUGCGUCAGAUCACAGUUUUCAAGUUUUCAUAUGUUGCUCUUCUUUCUCUCUCGUCAGGUGGGCCUGUCCUGACGCCGUCCUUCCCACAGAUGCAGGUCCAGCAGCUGCUGCAGAUGAAGAAACAGCAGCAGGCGGCAGCAGUCCAGGCUGCAGCUCAGCAGAAAGCUGGCCAGCCGCAGGGAGGACAAGCCACGGUUCAGCAGAAGGUAAAACUCACCCUGGACUUUAAAGUUAUUAAAGCAGACGUUUGUGAGGACUGCUUAGUAAGUUUUUAUACACUGAGGAUCAUUAUAUUUGUUAUUUUUGUACCAUUAUUGAUAGUUCUGUUACUUCCCUUAGAUCGGCACUCAGCAGGUGACUGUACAGGCAGCCCAGCCGGCCCAGCAGCAGCAGAAGGUGACCUACGCGACCACCACCCAACUCCAACCAGGAAUCAAGACCCAGUUCUUCACCACGUCCAUCACCCAGACUCAGAAACCCACCGGAGCCCAACAAAUCCAGGUGCACCAUCAGUGACGCUCCAGAGAAUCAAUAUUUACACGUUAAAAUUGGCUCCUUGUGUUGAUUUGAGAUUGUUUGCCUCUUAUCAGGUGGCUAAGCUCCCGCAAAUUGUGCAGCAGCAGCAGCCGACCGUGGCGAAUAUCCAACAAAUCGUGUCAUCUCCUCAGCAGGUGAGGGUUUUUGUCGGUUUCUGCUGAUGGUGAAGUCUUUGUUGUAUCUUCACAUCGACAGGAUUUAAAAUUAGAGAACCAACAGAUCUUUAAGAGUCUCAAAAGGUCCUCGAUUUAAACGGUUACUGAAAAUUUGCUUCAGGUGCUAAAUUUGAAGAUUGUACUUUUAAGGCUUUUUGUCCGGGUCUUAAAUUUGACUUUAUUAAAGGAGAAAAAACUCUGACUCUGUGUUUCUGACUCUGUGUUUCUGACCCUGUGUUUCUCUUAGAUCCAGGGCCAGCCUCAGACCGUCACUCUGACCCAGGCGGCCACAUCCGCUCCAGCUCAGGUGCAGAUGAUUCCCGCCGGCACUGCGACGGUCCAGGUGGUCCAGCAGAAGAUCAUCCAGCAGCAGGUGGUCACCGCCGCCACGUCACCACAGAUCCAGACUCCCCCUGCACACAGCCCCGCCCAGCAGCCCGCCGUCACCUCCGCCGCAGAGUCCCCGGCCCAACAGCCCGCUCAGGCCCAGCAGACCACCAAGGGUCAAGCUCGCCAGGGCGGCAUCAGAGCCAAAACGCCGGCCAAGCCCAGCGGUGGGGGCAGCUAAUGAAACUGUGGCGCGGUUAACCUCACCAAACGUCUGCCUCACACCCCCCUCACCAUCUCUGAUGUGGUUUAAACCGUGUGCUCCAGACACACGACCAUCUCUGUGCUUGUAUCUAAACCAUUUUUCUGAAUCACUCGCAGCACUCCCUGUAAAUCUGGAGGGAUCCAUAAUCAUCCACAUUUAUACUUCUCUCAUACUUUUACAAAAUGUUUCCUCAAAUAACCAGAACAGAGAAGUUUCCUCCGUCACAUCAAUCAGGCACAAAACCCCCUCGCCCUCACAGUGACUCACCUGGCGUCUGCGGCUGAGGCUCAUGGGUAAUCCUGCGUUGGGAAAAUGCAGCUGUUUGUUAGAAUAAGUGUAUCCAUAAUUAGUCCCUUUUAUGUCUGUUCCCCUUGUUGUCUAUAGAUACUGGAUGGAGAUUAAUGCACGUUCCUUUAGUCAUUUGUUUUUUAUUGCAGCAGCAAACACACUGUAAACAUGUACUUUAGUAUUUUGUGUUUUCUCAUAAAUUGUCUUUUUUUAUUGAUGUCAAGGAAAAAAAAACUGUAAAUAUCAAUGAAAAACAUUUGUACUUGUAAAGUAGUCGUGUUUUCAUUGGGUUUUUUCAGCCUAAUUGUAAUAAAGUGUUUUGUUUUUAUACACAAACUCACUUUUUUCAUUUCAUUAAUACAAUAUCGGUGCGUUACUAAAAAAACCAUGAGACUAAGUUCGUGUUUAAAUUCACCGUGAGGGUUAGGACUUAAAAAAAUCAAGUUUAAACUCUUUAAAUAGACAAAUAUAUUUAUUACUAAGUCCUCGGAGAAGUAGUUUUCAGCUGAGACAAACACCGAACAAAAGUGAAAAUGCUUCAAACAGGUCUCUGCUGUUGAUUCUGCAUUUCGUCUGCGGCGAGCAUUAAGAAGAAGAAAAAGAAAGCUCCUCUCAGCACUGUCUGCUUGGCCCAGAUGGCUGCUGAUUUCUGCAAAUGGACCACUCAAUGAAAUUAAAGGACGCUCCUCGUUUAAUUUCCUUUAAAAAUAUCAAGGAACAUUAAGGAAAUAACACCGAGCAGUGCUGCAUUUGCACAAGCUGUAAGUGACGAUCGAAAUCCAGUAGAAAAUGGAGCGAAUUACAGAGUGGACCAGUCGUAUCAUCCAAAUGACUAUAUUGUCCUGCAGUUAUGAAAAAAAGCUGAGGAGUGACGCACAUGUAGAGACGAAUUAUAGCAAGGAAGGAUGUAGAAGGAAGUGAAUAAAUUAUCUAGUCUCAUCCCUUUUUUCCAUGAACAGAGGCUAAAGCUCCAAUCACAAAUAUUACUUUGUACUUAGUCCCUUAGCAAACUCAGAUUCAAGGUAAACAAAGUGUUUCUAAAAAUCACUUAAAGGGAUAUUCCGGUGUAAAAUUGAAAUAGCCCUUUAAAGCUCCAGUGGAGAUUUUUUUGGGACGUAACACAGACUGAAGUGAAUAUUUGUGCCUCCUUAUGAGCUGUAAAAACAAUGACAGCUGAUUAUUGCGGUAUGUUUUUUUCUAAAGCCUGAGAUAGCUGCUGAGGUUUAGAUGUCAGGUGAGUAAAAGCUUUGUUUGAUACAUCUCACAAUAAUAAUAAAGGUGCUGCAGUCCUGUACUCGUCCACAGGGGGGCACUGUUGAACCAGCAUCAUGCUCCCUCCUCUCAGAAAAAGAAGGCCCUCCACUCCUCUGGAUUUUCCAGCUCAUUGAAAUCUCCCAUCUGCUCCUCGGUGCUCACUCUGCGUCUCCUCUCUCUGCUGGCACUCGGUGGCCGUCCACAUUCAGCUCUAAACCAGAGAGACAGGGGAGGUGAGGUGGAAGAGCGGGCCGAGAGAUGAACAGAUGGGCAGGGCUGGUCCCUUUUACCCACAUAUCACUCCAUCCUGCUGGAGCUCAUUCGCUCUUUUCAUACAAGGAGGAAAAAAACAUCUUCUGUAAACAGAAGCUGUGAAUGGAGGGUUUUUUUUUUACUGCUUGACAUUAAGGUGAGAAAUGAAGGGAGAUAAAAUAGUCCUGUGCUUUUAUGAAACCUGCAGGAGGAACAGCUGGCAGACUACAGAGCACAGGAGCUGUCACGCUGCAGUUAAGGAAAGUGGAUGAAUCACGCACUUUAAUUCAUACAUCACGCCUCCUCCUUUGCAAGUGUGUGUGUGUGUGUGUUUGAUGGAAAGCAGUGCAGAUAAAGAGGAAAUGUGAGCGCUCGUGGAACACUAUCCUCUCCUCCCUGCAGCCACCUUUUAUUCAAAUGUCACUUUACAGCAGGUGAGUGAGCGUAAGUGCGCACAAGUAUAAACAUGCAUUCAUGCAGCGUUUCCACUUUGAUUUCCAACCAAAGGCACAAAAAGAGAAAAACAGUUUUGUGAUCCAGGAGCCGAGAGUGAGACGUUUAAAGCUGGAAGAGUGUUAGAAGCCCCCAUGGCGGCACUUUUUAUUUUGAUAUCUCCGUUUUCACAUUAGGAGGGAAGCUGUGGCUGUCAGAGCCGGUUUCAUCUCCCUUCAGCUCUAACACCAGCAGCAGCCUUCCCACCAUGUGAGUGUUUACCUCAGGAGGGUCUUUAAAGCCUCUGAGCGGUGUCAAAUGUGUGAGGGCUGAUUUUUCACUCUCAUGUGUGUUUUCCUCCACCAGCCUCCUCUAAGCAUGUCACAGAGCAGAGGAGCCGUGCGGAGAGCGACAGGAUGAUUCAAUCAUUGUGUGUGUGUGUUGACACGACAACAGAGGGGGGAUCAACACGGAGAGGAAAGAGGAAGAGCUCUGGAACAACAUUUGUACAGAUACAGAUCGGCAGAAGGUUAAUGCAGAGGGCACGACUUUUCAUUCAGACCCAUCUCUCUCUUAAUUCUUAGAUUUUUUUGGAUGUCAUUGAGCUGCAAGUUUGGACAUUAGACCAGCUAGUUUAGCACCUGGACCCUUCUACUUCAGAGCCAUGCAGUUGUAAUAUGUGUUUUGGCAUUUUUAUUGCUGUUUUAUGUCGUCUAACAUUUAAAAAGUCAGUAUCUCCAGGGCAUCCCUACCUGUCCAUGAUUUCCAAAAUGUUUUGCACUCCACUGCAGUCCUUCUGAAAUUGACUCCCAUGUUAAUAUUUGGUUUCCUGAGUCAGUGCAGUGAUUUCUACUACAGAGUCUUCUGUGUUUAAAGGGAUAUUCCGGCAUAAAAUUUAGUUAUGGUCAAACACACCAUAACACCAAGUUAGACACCCCCUCGAGAGAUGAAUGCUGCUGACCGCUUGCUUCUCUAGUUAUACCAACUUUAGUAACGACCGCACGAUAGCAAUAUACAGCGGUCUACAUCGCCACGUGCAAAACCAAAACGCCACUCUA